AUGCGUCUAUUUCCCCGACCCGACACCAAGCCCAAGUAUUCGAGUGGCGAGGAACCUACAGAUGGUGACUACUUCGACCACCUGAUCGACCUCCACGAACGCCUUCAACUGCCGGACGAUGCACCCGGCCCUUUAGAACCUCCUCCGCACGAAACCCCACCAUUUCGUUUUCCUGGCAUCUCUACCACGACUAUACCUCAACCACCUCCACGACCUAGACAAUUCAUACUCCGUCCUCCUUCCUCACAACUGAUCAAGACCCAUCUUUCUCCUAACCAAUGUGCCCUUGCCGCCGCCCAGGCCGUCCGGAUCGCAUGCCGGGAUAAUGCUCUCCCAGAUGCAGAGUAUAUCGUCCACUCUCUCAUCUAUUCCAACUUACCAGGAGCUCCCGAGACCAUCAGUCUGGAAUUACCGGUACUCGGAAGCUUCGAAUUCAUCCCUAUCCGGUUCGAGCGGCCUAUCUCUCCCAGACUCGCAUCCCACUGUCUCAUACACCACUACCUCCGCUACGGCAAUGUAUUAAAGGCAAAAACUACCGCGGACCGACUUUUGGCUGAUGGAGUCAGAAUUCGUGAUGCGACACUUGAAGCGCUUGCAACAGCACUCAUCCGAGAACCUCCGACUACGUUUGAUGUUCUUCGAGAAGGCGGAAAAAUUAUGUGGCGUCAGAUGGACGUCAUCGGAGACGGUGACUUGAUUGUCAACCCUGAGAUGAUCAAGAAUGAUGGUGCUCGUUUUGCAUUGAUGCUACUUCUGAAAGCAAGAGAGAAUGGCCAGCGGAAUUCUGACCGUCUUCUUGAACGCUUUGCCUCCAUAUGCCUCUUGAACGGAGAAAUCUUGCUUGGAGCCAUUCUCUUCGCGCUAAUCGUGAAAGACUUUGAGCUGAGGUGGCAAAGGGCGCAAGCUCUCAAAGCAAAAGUAACGCAAGAGGAAGCCUCCCAUGGAACCGUUUCGCAAGAGUCGCGGGCAGGCGUUGCUCGAGCGUUGGCUGGCGUUUCUCGCAUUCCGCCGAUGCGAGUGAUGAAGUCUAUCGUGGUGCGCUGUAACGAUGAAAUCUCAGCGGAUCCUGUUGGGGUGGAAGAAAGUCAGCGAGUGGAGGCGUAUCAAGCAUUGGCAUAUCUGGCCAGUCUUGUUGACACUCGGUCGUUGCCGUAUUCGGACAUUUCGACGUUACUGAGAGUUCUCUACUCAUGUCCAAGGGACUACGACGAUGUUUGGGUCGUGCAGGACAGCCGAUUGGAACCGAGAAAUGCGUACAAAUAUUUCCAUGGUGUUUUGCUGCGCCUUGUCAAACGACCUCCUAUCAAGACUAAAUACUGGUUAACCGAACAAGGAGGCACCGGAGAUCAUCCAGGACCGCCUGUCAUGCCGCAGCUUUCUCGCGAAACCUACAACACCCUCAUCCACUACGCUCUCCGCUAUCGCAUGUCCAUCAAAAAGGCUCGCGAACUCUUGCAGCAUAUGGAAUUCACGCGUUCUCCUGGUUUAAAGCCAGACAUUACAACAUACAACAUCUUCUUGCGGUCUGGAUCCCUCUUGAGGCGGAAUGACUUGGUAUCAUGUACAUUGGAAGAGCUGCGCAUGACGAAAGAGUCGCCGCAGUCAUCAGGGAAUCUUAUCGAGCGUUCGGACGCGCCACCCAGCGCAGUCAGGCUAGAUCCCAACCCUAUCCCACUAUCCAAGGUCCUUCGUAUUACCCAGCCUCGUCCCCUUACUGCGGACGGUGUUACCUUGGCAAGUUAUAUUUCCCACCUUACCUCAACUGGGCGUCCUCAUGCGGUAGUUGACCUAUUGUGGUAUAUUCUUCCUGAGAUGUCCAUUGUCGACCACCCAGCAUGGGAUAAGAUUACCCCAGAGCUCCGUGCUUGUAUCGCCGAACGAUCUCGCCAAGAGCGUCUUGAUCGUGCAGUAUCCCUUGGUCCUUGGUUCUUCACGACUGUGCUCAAUGCCUUAUGUAAGGCUGGGAGGACCGGACUUGCAGAGCGGGUAUGGCUUCUUGCGAAACGGGCCGAGAUGGCGAGUUGGCUGGAGGCGAGCGGGGACGGAAAUGGUCGCGUCGUCGAGGGAUGGUGUAUGCCUGUGCAUGCGUACACCAUUAUGCUCCAGGUGUACGGAAAAGAGGCAAAGAAGGGCAUCGGUUCGCGCCCUGGAAAUCCCGGAGAAUCGAAUUGGAAUCCGUCUUCGGCGGCCAGGAUAAGGAAGGGGUGGGCCCAAUAUGUGGCAUACCGCACCCGCGUCACUGAUAUGCGACUUUCGCGUCGGUUGAGGGCGUUGCGAUUGGGUGUUAUACACUACCGAUCGAUGUGGCGUGGCGCACUGGACAUAUACAAUUCCCUCGCCAAGUUCGAUCCCGAUUGUGAUCCACCCGUUCACCAUUUGCAACCCGACGAACGCUUCUUCAAUGCCGCUCUGGACAUGUUUGGGAGACAGACAGCCAUGGCCAGACGUUCACAGUGUUCGAGCCUAACCCACUGGCGACAUCUAAAUCGACGUGCCAUGGUUCGCUAUUCACGUUUUGGCAUUCCGCCGCGGAAGUGGAAUCCUUUCCUCCGUCGAGUGGUGCAUGAAAUGCUGAACGCGGGCUAUGCAGUGCCUAUCGGGUUUAGGCGAUGGUUCGUGGAUACUUGGUUAUACACUUCUUUGGACCGGCCGGGACGACCGUUGCGCCACCAGCAACCAUAUGGGUUCCCCAAGCUGCACAGGCAUCCAUUCCGUCCACAUGCUUUACCGACGCUCAAGACUCGGGGGCUUCCAGUGUCGCGUGACACUUGGACUAAAGUGCUGAGCCGGGAUGCGAGGGUUUGGAGGCGGAGAUUGCGGGAGCGGCAUCUUCGUCGGCGGGCGCGAAUAAAAAAAGGAAGAAAAGUAAUACUCCGCAAUAGUGUAUAA